GCUGCUGCUGCUGCUGGGAGUCGGCCUCAUCAGAGGGAGGCUUCAGCUUCCGGCGGCGAAAGAGCCUCGUGAGAGGCUGAGGCGAGGCCUUCCUCGUCAGCCUUCCGUCACCGCUGUCGCACUGAAUGGGGCUGCGAGCGGCUCGGCUGCGCCCGCUCCUGAAGAUAAGCCUCCUUCUUCACCUCGCCGUCUGGUGAGCGGUGAGGCCGCCGCUCCUCUCGCUUCAUUCUCCGCAGGAAACCUCCGCCAGCCUCCUUCGGUGCAGCAGGGCCGUGGGCGUGGUGUGGGAGAGGGUGCCCUGGGGCUCAGUGGGUCCAGGAACAAGGGGAGGUGGGGCUAAGGGGCCCCUGAUGUUUUCCAUUUGGGGCCAGGCGGGAUAAGGAGAGCAACCCCCCCACUCCAAAUAUAGAGGCCUGUGGCUUAAGCAGCUGUCAACCCUAUUUGGGUGGUAUGUGGAAGAAGACGAUGGAGUCGAUAGUGAAUCUGCGUUGAGAAAAAAGAAGGGUUUCUGCCCACCAGACCCUUCCCCCUUCCCUAAUCCCAGACCCUGGGAUCCAGGACUCUGACUUCUGGGGCAGGACUUUUGGGUAUAAACAUGAACAGAUACCUACCAGUAGCUCGGCAACAUUUCCUGGCUGCACUAGCCAGCACCAGUGUGGUGGUAAAGUCCAUCUGUGCCAUCGUCAUCCUGCUCUACCUUCUCUCCUUUGCUGUGGACACAGUGUUUGGACUUGGGGUGACACCUGGGUAUCUCUUCCCACCCAACUUUUGGAUCUGGACGUUGGCAACCCACAGUGUUGUGGAGAAACAUAUCUGGGAUGUAGGUGUGAGCUUAGCCACUAUAGUUGUGGCAGGAAGGUUAUUGGAACCACUAUGGGGAGCUCUGGAACUUUUGAUCUUCUUUGCAGUGGUGAAUGUUUCUGUUGGACUCCUGGGGGCCUUUGCUUAUCUUCUUACCUAUAUGGCAUCAUUCAAUCUCUCUUACCUGUUUACUGUUCGCAUCUAUGGCAUGUUGGGCUUCCUUGGUGGUGUCUUAGUGGCCCUCAAGCAAACCAUGGGAGACAGUACUGUCUUGAAGAUACCUCAGGUGCGGAUGAAGGUUGUUCCUAUGCUCUUGCUGCUGCUCCUGGCAGUUUUGAGAUUGACCACACUCAUUGAAAGCAAUGUCCUGGCCUCUUAUGGUUUUGGGGUCCUCUCCAGUUGGAUAUAUCUCCGUUUUUAUCAGAGGCACAGCAGAGGACGUGGUGAUAUGUCAGACCACUUUGCAUUUGCUACAUUCUUCCCUGAGAUCCUACAACCAGUGGUUGGCUUGCUGGCAAACCUUAUACACAGCAUCUUGGUGAAGGUGAAAGUAUGCCGGAAAACAGUAAAACGUUAUGAUGUUGGUGCCCCUUCGUCCAUUACCAUCAGCUUGCCUGGAACAGAUCCUCAGGAUGCCGAACGAAGGAGACAAUUGGCCCUGAAGGCACUGAAUGAGCGGUUGAAGCGAGUAGAAGAUCAGUCAGCAUGGCCCAGCAUGGAGGACGAUGAUGAAGAAAGUAGCAAGGUCGAUACGCCAUUGCUAGCUGAGAAGAGCCGGGACUUUGUCACUGCAGGAAAAUCAGCCGGCCAGGAAUCCAGCAUCAUUACCUUUGAGGAUGACCCCUCGCAGUUGUGACCAUGAAGCAUCUGCUCUCUUCUGCCUGUUCCUGUAUGUCAGAGCUGCUAAUGAUCCUUCACAUGCUCUCCCUCACAGUGCUGCCUGUUCUGCAGGGAGCAAAGCAAAUGUCUACUGGCCCUGAGAGGCUUCCUCCUUCCUUUCAACAUUUAUUAGCCACACAUGGAUGAUGCCAGCUCUCAGGACUCUUCUGGUGAAAACUGUUAACUGUUGCAGACCUGAGAUUUUGGUUCUUCUCUUCAUUGAGAUUUACUCAGAAUUGGCAGGGAAGGAGAGAGAAUCCACAACUCCUCAGCUCAGUAAGGAGCAUCUGUCUGAAUAAAAAGCCCUGCGAGAUCACCCUUAAUCAGUAGCUGCCAUUGUGGCUAUUAACACAUGUAUGUUUGUGUGUAGCUCCUUUUGGUGGCAAUUCUGGUUAAUCUGUGUAGGGCCUUGUACUGGUGAAUCAGCUCCUGUUUUGAGCUCUAAAUGCCAGACUAAUAUGUUAGCCCCACCAAGGCAUCACAGCGCAAGCUCAGCAAGUGAUACGACACUUUCCCUCUUGAUUUCAUUUUAU